AUGUCAGAUGAAGCUCCAGGGUUGCGCGAUAUGACCCGAUCCGAAUAUUGGCGGCGAACAAGGAAGAUCGGGAGCGGCGGGUUUGCUAGCGUGUGGUUGGAAGAGUGCACCUUCAGUCAGGGGCUGGGAGGUCCUAGAGAAGGCAAGCUCAGAGCUAUCAAGCAAAUUGAGUUUGACAACCAGCUUCGGUCGACAAACUAUAAGCAUGAGCUUGAAAUAAUUGCCAAAUUUUCGCAUUUGAAGUAUGAAUCACAUUUUGUCAAGUCGUUCGGAUGGUAUGAAACGUCUAAACACCUCUUCAUUGCAAUGGAAUAUUGCGAGCUAGGAGAUUUAUCGAGAUAUUUUCAUCGAAACCCGCCACUCCCAGAGGAUCAUGCACAAGAUAUUGCGAGACAAAUACUUUACGGUCUAGAUAUAAUGCACGAAAAUGGGAUUGCCCACCGCGACUUGAAGCCAGAGAACAUAUUCAUCAAAUCGUGUCCUCCAAAAACCUGGUGGAUCAAGCUUGGAGAUUUCGGCAUUUCCAAGCGUGCAGAGGAACUUGCGCAAUUACAUACGUUCAUAGGCACCAGUGCAUACAUGUCGCCCGAGAUUCAAUUUCGCAAGCCAACAAACAUCUUCGCAAACGAUAUUUGGGCUCUUGGUGAGAUUAUCCACUACGCAUUAACAAAGUCUCAUGUCUUUCCCUCGCUCGAAUCUCUCGCAAGCUACAAAACCCAGCAAGACUUUCCGACCAGCAAACUUGCAGAAGCUAGAAUCAGUGAAGAGGGUAUUCAAUUCAUUCGAAGAACCAUGCAUCCUGAUCCUAGUAUUCGAGAAACGGCGCCUUCGGCGAAGUCAAUUGUUUGGAUAAGCGCGACAAUAUUAGAAGCCCAUACCUCUCGAGAAGGUACUUCUGAGCUUGCAGAAUCCGCCUCAUCGCCUAUGUCAUUCAGUCCAAAUUCCGCCGGCCAAUACAUACCUUCGGCCUCACGUUAUAGUCCAACUGAAUCAGAAUUCACUUCUGAGAUAUCAAGAGCACGGGAUUGUGAAGAAUAUUCUCUCAUCUUUACGGAGGGAGGCAUCCACGCAGCAUCGGAAAUAGGAAAUCUUCGAGCAAUCAGAGCUUACCUGAAUGCGGGACAUGAUGCCAAUAGCCUAACUAGCGAAAGGAAAACGCCUUUGAUGGUGGCCUCAGAAAAUGGGCACCUAGAGAUUGUUCAUGCGCUUCUUGGGGCGGGAGCCGAUUGUCAAGCAGCAGACAAAUCAAGGUGGACUUCGCUCCAUUUGGCGGCCAAUAAUGGACAUGAGAAAAUCGUUGCUCUGUUGCUUGCGGUAGGUGCGGCUGCUGACCCUAUCAACUUGGAUAUACGUACGCCACUUUGGUACGCUUCGGAGAAGGGUCAUGAUGCUGUCCUGAAGCUCCUAAUGAACACCGGCAAAGUAGACAUGGAUAUCAGAGAUAAGUUGGGGCAGUCGGCUCUGUGGUGCGCAGCAUACAAUGGGCAUGCCAAUAUUGUCAAACUAUUACUUGACUCAGAUAUGGUGGAUGUUAAUGCCAGAGGACUAGGAGAUGGUAGGAACCAGACGCCAAUAUGGUGGGCUGCUCGCGAAGGCCAUGAUGCUGUCGUGGCACUUCUUCUUGGGAAGGAAGGAGUGGAUGUCGAUACUAGACUGGGAGAUGAUUGGAACGAGUCUCCGUUCUUUUGGGCAGUACGCAACGGGCACGAACGCAUUGUCCAGAGGCUCAUAGAGACCAGGAAGAUUGAAAUUGAUCUUCGUAACAAGGACAAACGAUCGCCGCUAUUAUGGGCAUGUCGCAAUGGUCACGAAAACAUCGUCAAGCUUCUCCUGGAUACAGGAAAAGUGGAUCCCAAUGUAUAUGACCAGUGGCGCGAAACGCCAUUAUUUUGGGCUGCACGAAAUGCACACGAUGGGAUUGUCAGGGCCUUGCUGGCCACGAAUAAAGUGGAUGUGGAUUCCAAAAAUGCGUGCGGUAAUCACGAGACGCCGCUAUGGUGGGCUGCAAAGCAAGGGAAUGACUCCACGCUCGAGAUCCUGCUUGCUACAGGACUGGCAGAUGUCAACACUCAACGUGGCAACGGCAAAUUUGAGACGCCAUUGUAUUGGGCGGCGCGAAAUGGACAUACGAGUGUGGUCAAGCGUUUACUGGCUACGGGGAAAGUAAAUCACCGUAUUAAAACUGGCGAUGGUUUCACACCUCUAAUGGCGGCUGAGCAAAAUGGGCAUUAUGAGAUUGUUAAGCUAAUUGCAAACUAUUAG